AUGGUGUCAGAGGAAGUAAGUGCGAUGAUACAAGGAGAAACUUCAAUCAAAAGGUCUGACCCUGGUAGUUUUGUCCUAGAUUGUAAGAUACAAAACGCACGAUUUCCUCGAUCUCUAUGUGAUCUUGGUUCUAGUGUAAACCUCAUGCCAUACUCUGUGGCAGUUUCACUAGGAUAUAAUAAUUUCGUUCCAACGCCUAUUAAGCUAGUUUUAGCUAAUCACUCUAUUAGGGUACCUGAGGGAAUCCUCGUAGAUGUACCAGUUAAAAUUGAUGAUUGCUUCAUACCAGCAGAUUUUGUUGUACUCAAGUAUAAACAAGUGCCGAAAGACCCCCUUAUAUUAGGUCGGCCCCUUUUAGCUACAGCAGGAGCAAUAAUAGAUUGUAAAGGAGGAAAGAUUAACUUAAAUGUCGGAGAUAUAUCAAUGAACUUCGACAUGGAAAAACUAGUAAAACGUCCUCUAAUAGACGAUCAUGCCUUUUACACAGAAGAAGUUUCUGAGCUGGAGAAAGAAUACCUUACGGAUAUAUGUGCUACCAAUUCAUCAGAAGACACAUUCACUCCUGAUGAACAAGAAAUUCUGAACGUAGAUAGCAGAACAGAAGAUUAUGCGAACCUUAUGGACGCAAGUAUCGGAGAUGCAAAUGAAGAAAAUAAUGAUUCUAAAAUCAUUACGGAUCAAUUCCUUAGGGAAACUAUUGAUCGUUCAUUUUCUUCAUCGACCAAAUGGACUAAAGAAAAAGCGCCCAAGGUGGAACUGAAACCACUUCCAGCUGGCCUGAAAUAUGCAUUCAUUUGCGAUAAAUCAUACCCUGUCAUUGUUAACGCUAAUCUCACGAAUGGAGAGCUUGCGCUUCUUUUAAAAGAAUCUUGUCCUAAAUUGGGAAAAAUGUCAUUUCAUGGUAAACGAUGGUAUAGUCCUUGGACAUAA